AAGAACAGAUUUUCCAAAUUUAUAGUUGAGAAUACUGAACUAAAAAGAGAGAAGGCUGAAUUCUCGGCUAAGGAAGAAGGGUUUAGAGCUAGAAUUGUAGAAUUAGAACGGAAUGCAAAAGAAAGUGCUGAGAAUGAGAAGCAAAAUCAGAUAGAAAAUUCUAAACGAAACUAG